AUGUAUUCGCAGUAUGGAACCGGCGGGAUGCCGCUCUACCCAUCCCAGCCGCUUUACACUACAUUCAUGCCGGCGAACAUAUCCGCGCCCUAUGGCCCAGGCGGUGCACCUCUGCUCCCACCGCAGCAGCUUGCUGGUGCGCUGCAGCCCAUGCCAACGCAACAGUACGGGGCCGCCGCACCUCCGACGUCUUGGGCCUUGACGAAGGCCGAGAAGAAGGAAUACGACAGGAUCUUUCGGAGCUGGGAUGCCUCAGGGAGCGGUUUUAUUAGUGGGCAGGUUGCGCUUGAGAUAUUUGGCCAGAGUGGGUUGAGCAAGGACGACUUGGCGCGUAUCUGGGGGCUCGCAGACGUCGAUGACCGAGGGAAGCUGAACCUGCAGGAAUUCUAUGUUGCGAUGGGGCUCAUACAUCGCAGGCUAAACGGAAUCCCCAUCCCGGAGCAGUUACCGCCUGAACUUGUUCCGCCAUCAGCCCGUGACCUCGAAGGGUCGGUUUCCUUCCUCAAGGACCUUCUCAAAGACGAAACACGUUCCCGUUCGCCUUCUAGUAUCGACUCUCCUGUCUCGAGGCUUAAAGAUCGUUCGUUCAAUGGCUCCGGCUCCACACUAAGCACAGGUAGAGAUGCUACGAUAUACAAGUACAAUGACUCAGAACCAGCUGGCGGUUUCUAUCAGCCUCGAUCUCGGCACGUCAAUCGCAGCGACGUACGGACUCGCGACGACCAAAGCCCGGCUUCAAAUUUAUCAGACCUGACGCGACGGCUUCAGAACACUGCUAAGUUACUCGAUCGUAGCGUUGAAGCAGAUGCGACGCGCACAUCUGAGGAUGACGCAUUGGAUCGUGAGAUGGCUGAUCUAGAGUAUCGGGCCAAACGGUUGCAGGACGACAUUGAAUACGUCUCACAUGGCCCAAGCUCUGAAGCCAAGAAUGAGGAGCGCCGGAGAUUGGAACGAGAACUAGUCGAUUUGUUGCAUCACCGUCUACCUGAGGUCGCGAAGAAAAUCGAAGCUAGAGAGGAAAGGCGAGAGAAGGAGAAAAGAGAGUGGCGCCAUCAACGAGAUAGGGCGAACGAGCGAAGUGGGAGGUUUGACUACGGCGAUGACAGGGAUAGGUACUCGUCCCGACGGGUUGAGGAAGAGCGCGAGAUGAAUCGUUCUAGAGGCGCCUACGACUAUGGUCGUGACCGUGAAAGAGACGACCGAGGAAGAGAUUAUGAUCGCGGUAGCUAUCGCAGAGACAGUCCUGUUGAUCGAUAUAAGGACAGAGAUGCGGAAGUGAGCAGGACGCGUACUCCGCCAGCGCAAGCCCGUUCCCCUCCCCCUCCUGUGACUACCAGUGCUCUAUCAGUUCCUCCCUCUACUUCCAGUCGGAGCACUCCUUCGCCAGCACCAACCAAGAACAUGACACCCGCAGAACGUCAAGAGUUCGCCCGCAACGAAGCCAAGCGCCGUAUUCAAGCUCGUAUGCAAGCGCUAGGCAUCAGCUCUCCCUCCACAGCAGCGUCUCCUACGGUUGACACUUCCGUUGAAGAGAGACUUGCUGAGGAGCGGAAGGAAGCAGAGGAGAAGGCUCGGAUUGCGGAGGAAAAGGCUGCUGAGAGAGAACAAUUGCGGAGGGAGAGGUUGGAGAACGAGAAAGCUCUGAAGGAGGGCAAAGUCACGCCCUCACCCGCCCCUCCAACCCCCACCCCUACUUCUACGGCCGCUCCUCCCAGGCCCACGCCUACUCAUAAGCCCACACCUCCGCAACCGAAGCCCCGCGCUCCUGCACCCCCACCGCCCAGGAAGGCCGCUGCCAGGCCUCCACCCGCGCCUGUUGCACCUGUUGCACCACCCGCACCAAGGCCUCCAGCUCCGCCUGUAGUGUCCACGGUAGAUCCGGAAGAAGAGGCCCUGCGAGCGAGAGAGGAGGCGCUCCGUAAACAACGUGAGGCACGGGCUGAGCGUAUACGUCAGUUAGAAAGGGAGGAGGAGGAGGCUCGGCUUGAAGAAGAGCGGUUCAAGGCAAGAAUCGCUGCUGCUAAGGCUACCCCAGUUGCAAGUCCGGCUAUUAUGUCUCCCCCAGUUGUUGUAGCGCCCCCGCCACCUCCUGCACCUCCUGCACCGCCAUCUCCUACACCACCCAUUCCCCCUUCGGUCACGCCACGGUCAACGGUGGCUUCUGCGGCCAGCACACCCAGCGUGGCAUCAAAAACCAACCCUUUCAGGAAGGAAGGUGGGGCACCAUCCCCCGCCGCCCUGCCGCCCACCAACGCAAGCAAUACGAAUCCUUUCUUUAGACCUCAAACUGCUCCUCCUCCUUCUGUGCCCACUCCCCCCAAGACGCCUACCCCUGUCCCUGUCAAGACUGCGUACCACACGGCCCCAGGUGAUAGCGAUGGGGAAGACUGGGAUGCGGUCAAGGAGUAUGAUGACGACGAAGAUAGUAGUGAUGACGAGAUUACGAAGUCAAGGGACACGAGAGCAAAGAUUGCAGAGUCUUUGUUCGGGAGCGGUGGCGGCGGCGGGAUUUCAAGACCUUCAUCAACCCCUGCAAUGUCUGCUGCGGCUGCUCCCAGGAUAUCUUCCCCGGCGCAGGUUCCUACCGCGCCUCCCCCGCCACCAGCACCAGCCCCGCCAGUUGCCCCACAAGCACCAACGAUAUCUCCGCCAAAUGCAGCACCUUCUGGGCCAGGAGACGUCAGUGCUCUUCUCAAAUCAAUCCAAGGUGGUGCGAAAUUACGCUCUGUCCAAACCGUCGAUAAAAGUCAGCCUAUGGUCUUGGGGAAAAUAUUGGGCGAUGAUGCUCCCCCUGCUCAUAUCAACGCCUCACCGCGUCCUGCGAGUCCCCCGGCGCUGCCGGAGACGAGUUCAAUGAUCCCUGUUACCGACGGAGGGUCUUCAAGAAGCACGAACUCCAAUAGGCAAUCCGUGGAUUGGUAUGCUGGCUUGGCGGCAGAUCAGGGACGAGGCGUUGACCGUUUACCCUCAACUACCGAAGAGGAUGAGGAUGAGGAAGUGGCCACACAGCAGCCUGCAUCUAUCCCCCAGAUAUUCGUUGACCUUCCUGUUGAUUCCCCUCGAGAUCCACUAGCUGACAUUGACAAGACAGUUGAGCAUCGAGUUCGAACCCUAUAUCCUUACACCGGAGACGGCGGCGAUGACUUAACCUUUGGGGAGAACCUCAUCUUGAUCGCUAACCCCUCCAAAUCGGGCGGUGACUGGUGGUAUGGAACCAUAGUUAAGGAUGGCAAGUCGGGACUUUUCCCAAAAACCUACGUCGAGACCGUUACGGCGAUCAAAGCCAAAGCCCUUUACGCAUAUGAAGGCAGUAAUUUAGACGAGCUGUCUUUCGACGCCGGCGACGAGCUCGUCGUAAUUGAUACCAUCGAGCCGGAGUGGUGGAAGGUGGAGAGCCGAGGGCAGGUGUUUGUGGCCCCUGCGUCGUACCUAGAACUUCUGGAGGGCUCAUCGUCAAGAAGCCUGCCAGACAUUUCUUCGCCAGUGCCAGUAGGCUCCCUGGAGGUGAGAGGUAGUGAUCCCAACGAUGCCGCGGAUGGACAGCAAGACAAUGAAUCAACAAGUGACGAGGAUUCCGAUGGGUCAGAGGAUGACCAAUACUAUUCAGCAUCUGACGGAACUGGAUCAGACGGUGAAACAGAGAGUUCUCAUGAACGCGAAGCUCGGGAACAUGAACGUCAGCUUGUUCUCGAGGCUGCUGGACUCAUUGUAACAAAAGAUGUUGAAUCUCCCCCUCCGCUCCUUCGUCGUCGUUCUACUCGUAGACGUCGCCCUCCCCCAGCUGCGCCGAGGAGGACCGAUUCAAUCACUUCCAAUAAAGAUCUCCCUGCUGUGCCGGCCGUGGAGCAUGAGAAUGACCCGUCCAUCCGAGUAGCUGAUGCCUUUGAUCGCUACGAACACUUCAGGCAGUCUCAUGGCGGUGUAAACAUGAACAGACUAUCUGUGGCAUCAACUUCUUCUAUGGACACUUUUAGUUCUCCUACAUCUACAGCAACUAUCUCCACGAGCCCGUCACGAGAAGGGGAAGGUCGAUCCUUCUCAAACUUCCUGCCUUUCAUAGGAGGUAGAAAGACUCCCGUUGAGUCCGAACGACCUGUCAUUUCUGCCCCUAUUCUACAACUCUCACCGGAUAGCCCUGCGAGAUCUCCUAGCCCAGCAUUUGGAACAUCAUGGGCCAGCCUCAUCGAUAAAACCGCCUUGCAAGGGAUUCCUCCCAACGAACGCAAGCGACAAGAGGCAAUUUUCGAGUUCAUCACUACUGAAUCUACGUACGUUCGAGAUUUACAACUGAUCGUUGAGGUGUUCUACUCAAGUAUGCUGCCUCUGCUGGAUACCAAAGCUGUGACCGUUGUGUUUGCGAAUGUGGAAGAUAUAUUACUCACCAAUACUUCCUUCAUGAGCGUGCUUGAAGAACGCCAGAAGGAAUGUCGUCUAUACAUCGACAAAAUUGGGGAUAUUCUUCAGUCUCAUAUGCCGAAUAUGGGCGUCUACAUGGAAUACUGCGUUAAUCAGGCUACCGCCAUUCAAGUUUUGCAGUCCCUGAGGUUGGCGAACCCAGAGCUUGCUGCUCACUUACAACAUCUUCGAGACGAUCCUGUUGUUCGUAAUUUAGAUUUGUCAAGCUAUCUCCUCGCUCCCAUGCAACGAGUUACGAAAUACCCCUUACUGAUACGACAGAUCCUCCAUCAUACCGAGGCCGCUGAGGAACGGGCGUCUGUUCAAAGGGCUCUAGAUAUCGCAGAAAGCAUCCUCAAUCAGAUCAAUGAAAGUAUACGGUAUCAAGAAGGGAGAGAAACACUGAAACGGAUUUCUCAGAACCUCUGGAUCGGACAAGGACGCCUUGACUUGACGGCGCCGACUCGGUACAUGGGGGAUCGGAGACUCGUGAAAGAGGGCAUGCUCACAAAGUCGAAAAGCAGGCGGAAGUUGCAGGUUUUCCUCUGUAACGACGUCUUAGUCCUGACAGACGAUGGUAUCAAGUCGCUCUAUCGGAUGCCGAUCCCCCUUGCGGAGGUCCAAGUCAGACACGCCAAAGACGAUGUUGUUUUCCAACUGGCCCUUGCAUAUCCAAGAGGCGGAGAGACCAUCGGCUUGAAGGCUAGUUCCCUUCGUGAUUGUCUCGUCCCAAAGAUUGGGUCCAAGUAA